AACUUUUGAGCUGGAAAUAGAAGGCGACAGCUACAAGGGCAUGCCGUUUGUACUCAAUGCUGGUGAAAGGUGGAUUAAAAAUAAUGACAGUGACUUUUAUGUGGACUUUUCUAAAGAAGAAAAACAUAUUCAGAAGGAUUAUGGUGAUGGAAAAGGUACAGCCAAGAAUUUACUGGAUAAAAUUGCAGAUUUGGAGAGUGAGGCCCAGAAGUCUUUCAUGCAUCGAUUCAACAUUGCAGCAGAUCUUGUGGACAACGCAAAAAAUGCUGGUCAACUGGGCUUUGCAGGGAUCCUAGUCUGGAUGAGGUUUAUGGCGACAAGACAGCUUGUGUGGAACAAAAACUAUAAUGUUAAGCCACGGGAGAUAAGCAAAGCGCAAGAUAGGCUUACGGACGUUCUCCAGGAUCUUUAUGCAAGUUCGCCAGAGUACAGAGAACUUUUGAGGAUGAUAAUGUCUACUGUUGGUCGAGGGGGUGAAGGAGAUGUCGGGCAGCGAAUCCGAGACGAAAUUCUAGUCAUCCAGAGGAAAAAUGACUGCAAGGGUGGAAUUAUGGAGGAGUGGCAUCAGAAGUUGCAUAAUAACACUAGUCCAGAUGAUGUUGUCAUCUGUCAGGCAUUGAUGGAUUAUGUCAAAAGUGACUUUGACAUGAGUGUUUACUGGAAGACCUUGAAUGAUAAUGGCAUAACCAAAGAGCGACUCUUAAGUUAUGAUCGUGCCAUACAUUCUGAACCAAGUUUUAGAAGAGAACAAAAGGAUGGUCUUUUGCGUGAUCUUGGACACUAUAUGAGGACUUUAAAGGCUGUUCAUUCAGGGGCAGAUCUUGAGUCGGCUAUUCAAAAUUGCAUGGGCUACCAAGAUGACGGUGAAGGUUUCAUGGUUGGGGUGCAAAUAAAUCCUGUAUCAGGACUGCCUUCUGGAUAUCCAGACUUGCUUCGUUUCGUUCUAGAACAUGUUGAAGAAAAGAAUGUAGAGCCACUUCUUGAGGGUUUGCUUGAAGCUCGCCAAGAGAUAAGGCCGCUUCUGAUGAAGUCCCAUGACCGCCUUAAGGAUCUGUUAUUCUUGGACCUGGCUCUCGAUUCUACUGUCAGAACAGCUAUUGAAAGAGGUUAUGAACAAUUGAAUGAUGCUGGACCUGAGAAAAUCAUGUACUUCAUCAGCUUAGUUCUUGAAAAUCUUGCCCUUUCUUCAGAUGACAAUGAAGACCUUAUCUACUGCUUGAAGGGAUGGCAAUUUGCCCUCGACAUGUGCAAGAGCAAAAAAGAUCAUUGGGCUCUGUAUGCAAAAUCUGUUCUCGACAGAAGCAGACUAGCACUGGCAAGCAAAGCUGAGAGGUACCUUGAAAUUUUGCAACCAUCGGCUGAAUAUCUUGGAUCUUGUCUCGGCGUCGAGCAAUGGGCUGUUACCAUAUUCACUGAAGAGAUCAUUCGAGCUGGAUCUGCAGCAGCAUUGUCGUCACUUGUUAACCGACUUGACCCUGUUCUUAGGCAGACUGCAAACUUGGGAAGUUGGCAGGUCAUUAGUCCUGUAGAGGUCGUCGGAUAUGUCAUUGUUGUGGAUGAAUUGCUCACUGUACAGAAUAAAACCUACGACAGACCUACAAUUAUAGUUGCAAACAGAGUGAGAGGAGAGGAGGAAAUUCCUGAUGGUGCAGUUGCAGUACUGACACCUGACAUGCCGGAUGUACUAUCUCAUGUUUCUGUUCGAGCAAGAAAUGGAAAGAUCUGCUUUGCCACAUGUUUUGAUUCUGGAAUCUUAUCCGAUCUCCAAGGGAAGGAUGGAAAACUUUUGAGCCUGCAACCAACCUCUGCAGAUGUAGUCUAUAAAGAGGUAAACGAUAGUGAGCUUUCGAUUCUAAGUUCGGACAACAUAGAAGAUGCCCCUCCAAGCAUUUCUUUGGUCAAGAAACAGUUUGCGGGUAGAUAUGCUAUAUCAUCUGAGGAGUUCACAAGUGACUUGGUUGGUGCUAAAUCAAGAAAUAUUGGAUAUCUGAAAGGAAAAGUUCCUUCUUGGGUUGGUAUCCCAACUUCAGUUGCGUUGCCGUUUGGUGUUUUUGAGAAGGUUAUCUCCGAAAAGGCGAAUCAGACGGUGAAUGAGAAAUUACUAGUAUUGAAGAAAACUCUUGAUGGGGGGGACCAAGGUGCUCUGAAGGAAAUUCGUGAGACACUUUUGGGACUGGUUGCACCCGCAGAACUGGUUGAAGAACUGAAAAGUACUGUGAAAAGUUCUGACAUGCCAUGGCCGGGUGAUGAAGGUGAACAGAGAUGGGAGCAAGCUUGGGAAGCCAUUAAAAAGGUCUGGGCUUCAAAAUGGAAUGAGAGAGCGUACUUCAGCACGAGAAAAGUAAAACUGGAUCAUGACUAUCUCUGCAUGGCUGUUUUGGUCCAAGAAGUCAUCAAUGCGGAUUACGCAUUUGUUAUUCACACAACUAACCCAUCUUCUGGAGAUUCAUCAGAGAUUUACGCUGAGGUUGUCAAAGGUCUUGGUGAAACUCUUGUAGGAGCAUAUCCCGGUCGGUCUUUAAGUUUCAUCUGCAAGAAAGACAACCUCGAUUCGCCUCUGGUGUUGGGAUACCCAAGCAAACCAAUUGGGCUGUUCAUUAGACGUUCAAUCAUCUUCAGAUCUGACUCCAAUGGAGAAGAUCUCGAAGGUUAUGCAGGUGCAGGCCUUUAUGACAGUGUACCAAUGGACGAGGAAGACAAAGUUGUGCUGGAUUACACAACAGAUCCUCUGAUUACUGACGAGAGCUUCCGGAAAAAGAUUCUCUCAGACAUCGCACGCGCGGGAGAUGCAAUUGAGAAACUCUAUGGAACUGCACAAGACAUUGAAGGUGUGAUCAGAGACGGGAAGCUCUAUGUCGUCCAGACAAGACCACAAGUGUGAUCAAAUUCUUCGACCACUUGUGUUACGUUACGUUUUCUGUCCAGUAAACUUCUUAUUUGCUCUAUAAGCAAAGAGUAUAGCAUAAGCAUAUAGUGUAGUACAAUAUAUGUAGUACAAAAACAUUUGGCAUUACCAUUAAGAUAUUAGAUAUAAUAAAUAAACAAGUGUUAAUUAGA